AUGGUGGUCGGCACCUGCCGUCGCUCGCCCUCCCUCCUGCAAUUGACAAGGACCGCGGCGCUGUACCUCGGCCGUGACCACACCUUAUUGGUUCCGUCGGCUCUGUUUGGGCAGCGGUCUAGGCUUCCACCCGCUGAGCUUUACCUUGUUCAGACCCACGGCAUCUUGUUUAGUAGGAAGCAGGAGGAGGGACUUGGAGUUAUCGAUAACCCGGUCUCAUCGAGUCGACAAUCUGGUGCGCCACGUACUUCCUCCAACCCCCAGAAAGUUCCUGUGCCCGUCUUAGGCACCCCUGCCAAACAAGACCCGGGCCAGAUCCUGCUGGAUCCCAUCCUUCGUGCCUUUGCCAAACCCAACCUCGGCUGGUGGCAGCCGCCGGCUCUCCUUGUAUCGCGAGAGCCUUCCCCCGCGCUUGCCGUCCUUCGGCCCGACAACUACCAAAUGCCUUUAUCCACAGAGGAGGCAUGGAGCACCCCUCCAACCAUCAGCCUGCAGCACUCGAGGCGGCAAACAUGGCAGGGUUAG